UUUGACAAAAGGAUAUAUACAAAUAUACACACACGUACGAGCGCACAACAAAACACACAAAAAAAAUAUACACACACACACACACACACAUAUAUAUAUAUAUAUAUAUACAUGUAUAUAUAUAAAAUAUUGGAAACAUGAAACUUCGAUUUUUAUACGCGAUCCUCCUAAUGGCGAUCGUAAUGAUCAAAGCCGAGGAUGACGUGGAUACAGAUAAUAUACUCGACAAUAAAGAUUUCGGAGACAUUGUGAAUAAGGAAAAUUCCGGAAACCGAGGACGAUCUUUAAAUGUUGAUGUAAAAAACAAUGAGGGAGAAAUCUCCGAACCAGGCACUGGCGAAGAAACCCCCGAUCCAGGCACUGGCGAAGAAACCCCCGAUCCAGGUACUGGCGAAGAAACCCCCGAUCCAGGCACUGGCGAAGAAACCCCCGAUCCAGGUACUGGCGAAGAAACCCCCGAUCCAGGCACUGGCGAAGAAACCACCGAUCCAGGCACUGGCGAAGAAACCCCCGAUCCAGGCACUGGCGAAGAAACCACCGAUCCAGGCACUGGCGAAGAAACCACCGAUCCAGGCACUGGCGAAGAAACCCCCGAUCCAGGCACUGGCGAAGAAACCACCGAUCCAGGCACUGGCGAAAAAACCCCUAAUCCAGGCACUGGCGGACAAACCAAUAGUACUGAAAGCAAUACUGAAAGUACAUCAGAUAUAUCAACAACCAGUCCAAGUUUAAAGGAUUACCCAUACCAAGUUCGUGGAGAAAAAGGAACGUGUAUAUUGUCGAAGAUGACGAUCUCAUUAACUGUGAAUUACAACAUCACAAAUAACACGAUUGUUUCAGCAAUCUUGGAAGUACCUUCUACUGUAAAAGUCAAUGGUACAUGCGAAAAUGAUACAAAUUCUAUGAUAUUAACUUGGACACCAUUAGAAAACGACCCAGAAAGCGUCAAUUUUGCGGAUACAACUAAUAAUAAUAACAUGGGAUUCUAUUUCAAGAAGAGCGGUUCUACAUUUUCGCUUAAUCAAAUCAAUGCAUCCAUAUAUUUGGAUGAAAAGAGUUUUCCAAAUGCGACAGAUAAUGGAAAUUACAUAAAUCUGGAAACCACAUCGGAUCUUAAUUUGUUCUCUUCUGCUACGGACAAUAGAUAUGUAUGCAACGUUAACACCGUUGUGAAGGAAGACGAAUUUGAAAUAUCAAUAACCAAUGUCAGUUUGAUAGCUUUCAACGAGGACGACAAAACUAUAUCGUCGAAAUCAAUAAAUGACUGUACUAACGACGGCGCAACUGCUGCUGAAUCGGCGAAUGUUGGUGCAAUAGUAGGUGGUAUUAUUGGUGCUUUAGUUGUGGUUGGUAUCAUUGGAUUUAUAAUUUGGCGACGAAGAAGAAACUCUUCGUCUGUUCGAUCGGAAGUAGCAUAAUGAAUAAAUAAAUAAAUAAAUAAAUAAAUAAAUAAAUAAAUAAAUAAAUAAAUAAAUAAAUAAAUAAAUAAAUAAA